AUGAAGAAUAAAGCCAAUGGUCACGUGGUCAACCUCUUACCUUUCCUGUAAACGUGAUGUUUAAUUUCUGCGAUUAUUUUAGAAUAAGGAAACUGUCAGAACUUUGACCACGUUUGAGUGCAACAAGAGAAAAGUUACCACCGGCAGAAUAGCCCGGCUGUAAGCUAAUACUCUUGUUUUUCUGGGCUAAAUCAGAAGCGGAUCAGGUUUAACUUGCAACUUUCCGUCAAACUUCCGUCUUCGCGUGGCUGUGAAAGAAAACGAUCGUAAAACUACAAAAAUGAAAACCGUAAACUCUUCAAGGAUCUCAACGAGUUUUUGAGUUUGUUCCGUCAAUUAGACCAUCGUCCCUUUCGGUGGUAUUAGUUUUAGUUUGCGGAUGUCUCUGGGUGAAAAAUGAAGCAACAAACAAACGACUGAUUUCUCUGAAAUCUCGUAUUUACUGUGUUCCUUGCACUAAGCGUGGCACGAUUGAUAAUCUUGACAUGAUGACUUUCUAACCGACAAAAAAAAUCCCAAUAGACCUUUCCAAGAAGAUGCAGACACAAGUUUCAGAUGAUGGGAACGGCUAUACCUCAGGUAAAAUUUAUUCUUACUCUUCUUACUUGGAUGGCCUUAUGUACAUUGAGGAUGCUUAGACCUGCUUUUAUUCUCCCUCGGUUAAGACACAACCUUUCAUGACGUGAGUUCGCGUUAACAACACGGGAUCUUAUUGCUAUUCCAAAAUAGUAUCAGAUUUUAACUUAGACGGUAUGAAACUGUUUUGUAAUGCUCCCUAGAUGUCAGUAAUUAUGCCACUGCCACUGAUAAAAAACCGAAGAGAUCUACAGCGUAAAUGAAGUUGAAUUUAUAAAUAAUGUGUCUACAAGGACAGAGCAAGAUUCCUUUACGCGCCAGACACAUAGUCGAUAUCAUUACUAUACAGCUUCAUGCAUUUGCUUCUGGUUUGAAGUUGAGUUGAGUUGAGUUUAUUAUUUCCCAUAAUAUUAUACAGUACAUACGGUGUGUUACAAUGUAAUAAAUUUGGGAGGAAGACUAAAGAAACCCUGAAGGUAACAAAAGAUCUAUUGAAAUUCAUUGAAAUGGUAUCAGUGAAAUAGGUAAUUAACGGACAGAGAUACAAUAAUUGAUCUUACACAUAUAUAUCAAAUAUUUCACUCUGUACUGAGUACUUAUUUACAGUACUAUCACUACAUGGGAUGGGAGAAAGGCUUGAAAGAUCUACUUGAAUUACUGAAAUCGAGUUAUUUGGGGUCUCGGAAUUCAAAGGUAUUGCGUGACCAAUUUCAAGCAAUAAUGACCCGAUUCUUGGCAAUUCAUUUUUAGGUUUAUCUGUUUGCUUUAGAUUGAGCUAUUUUCGUUCAUUGUUUAGCACUUUCUGGAUAAAUUUUCGAAUAGUAUAGGCAUUAUAGAUCAGUAUAGACAAAAGGCGUGUAUUAAGAGAUUAUUCAUGGAGAUAUUUCCGUUUCUUUUAAAGGAGUUCAGUCUAAUUACCUUUCUUAACCCUUACGGGAUUAAAAGAGCGAUUGAAAGUAGGUGUUUUCAAGAUCUCAGUUGGCUUGAAAUUUGUGCGUAGGUCUUAAGAUUCGAUUCUUGUUCUAAUUCCCCAGUCGUCAAAUGGCAAUUUAAGGGCAGAAAACUUCAGCCAAGUGCAAAGUAUUUGAUUAAGGAAGGAGAGUUGAUCGUUAGAAAUCUGAAUUACAGCGAUGCUGGACCGUACACAUGUGCUGCCAGAAGUAUUCUUGGAUCGUCCGAGGCAACUGGUAACUUGUCUCUUCGAGGUGAGAGAGAAAUUUUCUUUUUUUUGGUUUAAUGUUAUGGCAGGCCGUUAAAUUUUGUUUGUUACAUGUCCUCGCAAGGUAAGGUUGCGAGAAUUAAACAGCACGUUUCAAAACAUCUAAGGAAUCCUGUGAGAUGUAAAGGCAUAGAGCACCAUCCUCAAUUAAUUGAUAACUUUAUUAACGUGUCAUAGCUUCUAGCGUAAGACAAGUGUUGAACUCAAGGGACACUCCCCUUGUCAUCUUACCUUAGAGUUAAUUGAGCCAACCCUGUGCCUCACUGAAGAAACACCGUGCAAGGGCCUGUUUACAUGGAGGUGGGGGACCCCAGGUAGGUGAGGUAACCCGCUUUGGUGGGUAAACCGCUUCUCCACAUAAUCUCUCAUUUUAAUUUGAUCACGUUUACAUGAUACGUGGGGUGACCCUCCGCAUGUUACCUCACCUAUCUGGGGUCCCCCACAUCAUGUAAACAGGCCCUAAAAUGCCAAGGUCGAUUCGUGACCCUUUCACACUUUUCGUAGCCAUGACUUCAAAUUCUAAAAAAAAGACACUAACAGAGUGCUAACGAAUUAUUUGAAUUUGUUUCUUUUCUCGUUUUCCUUUCUGUUAUACAGAUGAACAUCUUGUGCAAAGUUUCCCGAAAAAGAAAAGAUUUAAGUAUUGUCAUCUUUCUCAGUUGCAAUCCUUUAGACUAUAGGAGGGCUUCAUAGUAUAAACCAGAUAAUUUUUUUUUCAGGUCUUCCAUCCUUCACAAAAGUUCCACCUUCACUUGCCACACCAGUACAAGGCACUACGUUUCAAGUAACCUGUCAAGCAGAAGGCUAUCCUCGUCCUGCAGUAAACUGGAUUCGAGCGGUGCUACCUUUUCCUGCCGGCAGGACUGAGGUAAACAAGGGUACUUUAACCAUUAAGAACCUGAUCCCGGCUGACAACGGUUUGUACGAAUGUGUGGCAACAAACAUCAUUGGAACGAAGAAGGCCAGGAUCAAUGUGCCAGUACAACGCAGCUCAGCUGCAGGUUUGUCCUUUGCGGCAAGGCAGGGGCGGAUCCAGGAUUUUUCUAAGGUGGGGUUGCUCCAUUAAGGAAUGGCGUAACUGACUGGUGACGUAAACCAGGAGCCUAUAACAAGGCUUUUUCGGUGCCAAACUACUUGAACACCAAUAAAUCAGAUUAUUUAUCAUUAUUAUUAUUAUUAUUAUUAUUAUUAUUAUUAUUAUUAUUAUCAUUAUUUAUUUUUAGUUUUUGCAGAAUACUAGUUAUAUUAUAUGCGCAAACCUGCACCCUCCUCCUAGAUCCGCCCAUGCAAGGUCUGCACAGACAUAAAUGGAACAUUUAGUGAUAUGUAACAUAAUCCUUAAUGGAGAGCAUGGUUACAGAUUAUAGAUACUGAAGGACCAUUAAGGUUCGUAUAUCCAGUUCAAGACCUUAUAUAUGCUAGGACAUUAUUAUCACAACUUCACUCAGGCUUCUUAAGUUAAAUUUGUAUAGGACUGACAGUGAUGGUCUUUCAUAUUGUUAUAAAAAGAGUGUCAUUGUUAUAGGUUGACCUGUGAGUAACAAGUUCUUAAAGGGAAAAGGAGAGGGGAGCCUUCACAAGAGUUUAAAUUUGAAAUACUAAAAAUUUCCUCGCCAGAAAAUAAAUUGGCACUUGAUAUCCAGUCUCUUGUCACUUGGAUGCCGUUACACUUGGCAAGGAAAUGAACUGUUGAAGCGUUUUUAAACAGUUCUAGUUAUAUUCUUGGCCAUAACAGCGUUUUUUUUUGCCAAAUAAAACAAGUAGAUUUUUUUCCUCCCAGGUUUGCACGACUCCGUUAUUGUGGGAAGCAACAAUAAGUACUUAACCUCGUUCAACAACUGGCUGGCACCUGUUGCAAAAAGCGUUAAUUCUCUCUGGAAACGCUGUUGGCGUGCAUCCGUGGACGGCUGGGCUGCAAGUACAUUUCACUCCCAAUGUGAAGGCAAGGGCCCGACUGUGACAAUAAUAAGGGUCGGGAGAUACAUUUUUGGAGGAUACACCAGUAAAUCUUGGGGUAAGUGCGCAUUGUAAGGGGCGGCUACCUGUACCUUUGCAGUUACUUGCAUGGAUAUGUUCGGCUAAAAGUUCAGCUUGAUAGCUUUGUACUGAGAAAUGUGGAGUCAGUUUGACCUUACAUGGUUAAGCAGUAGCCGAUAAAGGAUUCAGGUUGGCGGAUUUAGACUCGGACGCGCACCCCUUCGCCCCUCCAAAACCGAGGAUCCUCUCCUAGACUCACAAGGAAUGAGCAAAUGUGGCAGAAAAACAACAACAAGUCAGAUCAUGAUUUUAACAGAUUUGCUUGUACAAGUUACAAAAGGAAAUAUCUAAUUACCCAACGUUUUAUGUAUUAUUUUUCAAAUAUUUUUUUUGCUCGAAUCUAUUGCUUUGUAAUUGCGAAUUUUUGCUUUUAGACAGCUCCCAUAGACGGAAACCUUUGCUCCAGUAAGCGCACAGUCUCUUAGGUUUUAGGACCCCGAUUGUUAAUGUCCCGUUCAAAAAUUGGCUGCUUGUUGGAGGUUUUAUUGUAAGCAACAAAAUGAAACACUGCGUGAUAAACACAAAGUAUACACAUUCUCAUGGUUAUUUUAUCAAUAAUUUGUAAAGCACUUAGUAUCUGUAAAAUUUUGUUCCACUAAUUGUAUAUUACUAGGCGACCCAGUGAUUUACAUUUUUUCGUUUUAAUUGGAUGUGUUUGGAGUUAUUCUUGUCGAGGGUAUAGAUGUAAGCAGGGUAAUAUGAUUGAUCAUGAGUGGAUUUCAAUUCAGGGGGUAAUCGGUCGUGUAUUUCAAAUUGGCCGAACGCGUAUUUUUUUGUUUAUUUACAUUGUUAAUGCACGGAUAUAUGUUGAGAGAAGAACUAAAAAAAGGCCUGAGUUCCGGAUUGGAAUUCUCGACACACUUCAUGAGUUAUCGGAAAUUUUAGUACUGGGCUCGCAAAACGAAAGUACUGCAUCGAGCGCUCACUGUUUUUUUUUUUAAGUGUCUUGUGUUCAUUUUUGCCUGCGUCGCAGCAGACGCUCUAAUUUACCUCCUGUAUCAGAAAAAAUAUCCCAAAUGGCACUUUUUUUCCAUCUCUAUUUUCUUGUAGGUUCUGGCUCUAGGUAUCGGUACGACUCAAACGCCUUUUUAUUCUCACUUGUAAACAAGCCAGGAUGGGCACCCGUCAAGCUGCCUCAGACAGGGAAAUAUAGCUCCAGAAGGAAACAUUCCAUAGACGAUUACCCAUCAUAUGGGCCUGCAUUCGGAGGAGGACAUGACAUUCACAUAUCAAACUACGCAUCUUCCCAUCGCAAUUCAUAUAGCAACCUUGGCUUUACUUACAGCCCACCGAGCGGGUACAGCUACGGCAACACCUUCGGCAAAACAUUCCUGGCAGGAACAUACCAGUUCACACCAGGGGAAAUAGAAACGUUUUACGAAACAACUUAA